UCCAGCGCGCGAGAGGAAGUGCCUGCGAGAGGGUGCGUGAGGGCGCGAGAGAGCGCAGCGCGGCGCGGCCGCCGCGUGCGCGAGCCGGGGUUGCAGCCCAGCAGGGACUUUCCAGCCGGCGGCGGCGGCGGCCGCCGGCCCUUCCCCGCCCCCCGACAUGGGGCUGCCCGGGGAGCAGGACGCUGCGGACCGCGGCGGAGGACGCGUCCGGCGCCCCUGAGCCGGCCGAGCGGCGGCAGACCGCGGGAUGAUGAAACUGAGGCCCAAAGAAGUUAUGCCACUUGGUUAAGGUUCCAAAGCAGAUCAGAACGAGAUCUAGGAUCAGCAACCUGGCUCCUGGCUCUCUAUUCUCCUAAGGAUCGCUUUCCUGACAGAAGAGGUAAGAGGCUCCACUGCGUUAUUUGAAGAAGGGUAGAGUUGACACUGCUUCACUUCUUUCUUUAUUGAAGUCUCUUCCUCCCUGAUCAAGCUUAGAUAUAUCUUCUUACGGCGUAUGACACACAGAAUUUCUCUUUCCUAAGAUGGAGUCGAGUAAGAAGAUGGACUCCCCUGGCGCCCUGCAGACUAACCCGCCGCUAAAGCUGCACCCUGACCGCAGCACCAGCACGGCAGUUUUCGUCCCUGAACAAGGAGGUUACAAAGAAAGGUUUGUGAAGACAGUGGAGGACAAGUACAAGUGCGAGAAGUGCCGCCUGGUGCUGUGUAACCCAAAGCAGACUGAGUGUGGACACCGCUUCUGCGAGACCUGCAUGGCUGCCCUGCUGAGCUCCUCAAGCCCAAAAUGUACUGCGUGUCAAGAAGGCAUCAUUAAAGAUAAGGUGUUUAAGGAUAAUUGCUGCAAGAGAGAGAUUCUGGCUCUUCAGAUAUAUUGUAGGAAUGAAAGUAGAGGUUGUGUAGAGCAGUUAACCCUGGGACAUCUGCUGGUGCAUUUAAAGAACGAUUGCCAGUUUGAAGAACUUGCGUGCGUUCGUCCUGACUGCAAAGAGAAAGUAUUGAGAAAAGACCUGCGUGAUCACGUGGAAAAGGCCUGUAAAUAUCGCGAGGCCACAUGCAGUCACUGCAAGAGUCAGGUUCCAAUGAUUACGUUGCAGAAACACGAAGACACUGAGUGUCCCUGUGUGGUGGUGUCCUGCCCUCAUAAGUGCAGUGUGCAGACCCUUCUGAGAAGCGAGUUGAGUGCACACUUGUCAGAGUGUGUCAAUGCCCCCAGCACCUGUAGUUUUAAGCGCUAUGGCUGCAUUUUUCAGGGGACAAACCAGCAGAUUAAGGCCCACGAGGCCAGCUCCGCGGUGCAGCAUGUCAACUUACUGAAAGAGUGGAGCAAUUCCCUAGAGAAAAAGGUUUCCUUGCUGCAGAAUGAAAGUGUAGAAAAAAACAAGAGCAUACAAAGUUUGCACAAUCAGAUAUGUAGCUUUGAAAUUGAAAUUGAGAGACAAAAGGAAAUGCUUCGAAAUAAUGAAUCCAAAAUACUUCAUUUACAGCGAGUAAUAGACAGCCAAGCAGAGAAACUGAAAGAGCUCGACAAAGAGAUCCGUCCCUUCAGGCAGAACUGGGAAGAAGCUGACAGCAUGAAAAGCAGCGUGGAGUCCCUCCAGAACCGCGUGACAGAGCUGGAAAGUGUGGACAAAAGUGCAGGGCAGGCAGCUCGGAACACAGGCUUGCUGGAGUCCCAGCUGAGCCGGCACGACCAGAUGCUGAGUGUUCACGACAUCCGCCUGGCUGACAUGGACCUGCGAUUUCAGGUCCUGGAGACCGCCAGCUACAAUGGCGUGCUGAUUUGGAAGAUCCGAGAUUAUAAGCGGCGGAAGCAGGAAGCUGUCAUGGGGAAGACCCUGUCCCUUUACAGCCAGCCUUUCUACACCGGCUAUUUUGGCUAUAAGAUGUGUGCCAGAGUCUACCUGAACGGGGACGGGAUGGGGAAGGGGACGCAUUUGUCGCUGUUUUUUGUCAUUAUGCGUGGAGAAUAUGAUGCACUGCUUCCUUGGCCGUUCAAGCAAAAAGUGACCCUCAUGCUGAUGGAUCAGGGCUCCUCUCGCCGUCACUUGGGAGACGCGUUCAAGCCAGACCCCAACAGCAGCAGCUUCAAGAAACCCACCGGGGAGAUGAAUAUUGCCUCUGGCUGCCCAGUCUUUGUGGCCCAAACUGUGCUAGAAAAUGGGACAUAUAUUAAAGAUGAUACCAUUUUUAUUAAAGUCAUAGUGGAUACUUCGGAUCUGCCUGACCCCUGACGAGUCACUGGGGAGGUGGAUUGAGCAGAAGGCAACUCCUCUGGGGGGUUUGAACCGGCUGUCUCCACCGAGGUCCUCGCGCUCAGAAAAGGACCUUGUGGAACGGAGGAAGCGGCAGAAGGCGGCCGCGGGCCGGCGGGAGGAGCCACGCGUGAGGAUAGACCUGACAUGUUUUCUAUAGACUAGUACUACUGCACUCUGAAAAAUUAUUUAUCCUUCAACAAGAGAAAUACUGCUGUCAGAGAAGGUUUCCAUUUUUAUUUUUAAAGAUCUAGUUAAUUAAGAUGGAAAACAUAUAUGCUGAACAAAGAACCAUGAUUUUUCUUCCUUAAACUUGAACACCAAAAAAAGAAAACACACACACACACACACACACCUGGGGUAGCUGGACAUGUCAGCAUGUUAAGUAAAAGAGGAAUUUAUGAAUUAAUAAUGCAGUUCUGAUAUAUUCAUUCUAAAAUUCAAGAGUGCAAUCUUGUUUCAAAUAUAGUAUAUUGUCUAUUUUUAAGGCCUCAUCUGGUCUCUGUUUUAAUAAUUUGUUUGUCAGAAGACCCUGCAGUACACUUAGGUCUUUUUUGAAAGUCUCUAAAUUCAGAAUCAUUUUUUAAUUUAAAGUUCUAAAAUAAUUAUUACUGCAAGCAUUUUAUUUUAAAACGUUGAUAGACUGAUAUUUCUUGGAAGAAAAUGUAAAAUAUCUAACACUGGUUAUCACUUGUGAUAGGAAAGAGAAUAUUCAAUCUGUUGUUAUUUCUCGUUAGAAAUGUAAACCUUCAAUAUCUGUCGUAGUUAAUGACACUACUUCAAAAUUAUUAUGAAAGGAAAAUUGCUCAUGGAUGCUGUGCAUCAUUUUCAGAUUUAUAAUUGUUUUCACCCUAAAAUAGGGCAUUAGUUGAACUUUGGAGUUCUAAACAAAAUCCUGUAGGUUUUUAAAAUUCUGCCCCAUGUGUUCAGACAAGCUCUCUAUUGCUGACAGCAGCGACCUUCAGUGCCCAGUGUCCGGGGUGGGCAGGUGAUUGUGCUGAAGGAGGCCACAGCAGAUGUGUUUCUUCAUUCUGUCAUGUUGCUGCAUUUUGUUAACAAUCUCCAAAAGCGACAUCUUUGCAUAGAGAUGGUGGCAUACUGUACAUGUGCCUUAGAUGUGACAUGCUGCUUCUCGACCCUAGCUUUGUGUUCACUGUAAUUCUAGAAAGUGAUAGUUCAACCAGACUUUUCUCUCGACUACUAGAUCUUUGCCUCUUCGAGGUCCUCAGACAGUUCCAUACCUGCUGAGGUACCCAGGCUCCAUCGUCAGCUUUGGGAGCCUCCACUGCUUAGUUAUCAGAUUCCAAAUCUCUAGGCCCCAAAAGCGAGCCGCCUAGUCCCUGCGCUGGCUUGGUCCCAGCCCCGAGGCAGGAGUGUGUCUCUCUGUCCCCACCUGGGCUGUGGGAGCCCACACCACUCGAAGCAGAGCCCUCUGAGCAUUCCAGAGACCGCCGCUCUGGGGGGCCAGCCCAGGCUGACUGACAGGCAUUCUGGAACCACCACUCUCUUGAGAAAGGUGGUCCCGGGUUCCGUCGUCCCAGCCUGCGCCUACCCAGAUGGCAUUUUCUCAACUCACUGUUUACCUUCUCUCAAUGGUCCAACUGUGAUUAGAAGCCGGAGCCCUGCCUCCUGUGCCCCUUUGCUAUGCACCACGCUUCAUGGGUGCUCUUACCACUGAUGGGUGCUACACGUGACGGGUGCUUCUUAGGCAAAACCAAUGUGUGUGAACCACCGCAUCUGUGCCACUCAUCCAAAAGACGCGCCCACAAUUGGCCAGCUGGGCUGCGCACCUCAGACUGCCUGCCUCUGGGCUCCCCCGAUGGUGGCGCGGGGACGGCUGGGUUGGUGCCCAGUGGCCCACCAUGUCUCUGGUGCUGCCAUCUGCCUGGGUGUGCCUUCGCCCCAGUGCCUGCUGGAAGUGCCCUCCUGCACACCGUCCCCAUGCUUCCAUAAGUGACCUCGUUGGUUCCAAGCACCUGCCACGCCCUUUAGCAGUCAAAACCCCCAGUUGUCUUCAUCUGCUUUCCUUCCUUCACUCCCCUGGGAUUGCUUUGAGGGCGAAUCGGCAUCAUCGGUUCUGCCCGUUAAGGAGUCGUGUGUCCCCACUCAUAGAGGAAGAACUUCCUGCAGGUGCUGUGGAACCACUGUUCCCUCGAAGGUGUCCCCAGCCUCCUCCAGGCCUUGCUCCAGUUCUGUCUUGGAGCCCAGAGGAGGGAGGGCGCCUGGCAGUCCCUACCUGGCCUCAGGUGGCUUUUCUGAGGCCAGGGAUUACCAACAGGGACAUCCCUGCGACUUCCUCCCCCUUCACUGAAAGUACGGACAAUAUCAACAAACUUAGGAUAAGCGACAUCUUAGUCUGGUAAAAAACAAUUCUUUCCCUCCCCUGGGCUGACAUCCUGCUGCGGAUGGGCCACCUGGCAGCGCUCCUGGAAGCGUCCGACCCUUGGAGGAGGCUUCUCCAACAGCCCCUCCCAGAUGCUCCUGUGGGAGACGGUAGGCCCUCCUGGCCUCCUCCCGGGGAGCCCGUAGGACAUGGCUUCAGUAGCUGGCACCGUCCCCUGGAAUGAGGACGUGACACGGCAGAAGCUUCCUCCUGUGGCUUGAUAGUGGUAAUGGGGUUGGAUGCCUUUGGCCUCUGUUCUGUGCACAGUCCCCUCUUGUGUGCCGGGACUUGCUGGAAAGCAGCCUCCUGGAGGACUUGAGUGUGUGACAUGCCCUGACUGCACGUGCCUCGCAUUGCUCCACCCGACUCCUUGGUGUCCUUGUUUGGUGCUCGCCUCAUUUGUGGUCUCUGCGCGGCCAAGGCCCAGUUGCCUGGCCUGGAGCGGUCGGCCCUCCCCACUUCACAGGGUCCCAGCGACAAGUGAAGGGUAUCGUAUGUGGUGUGUACUAGGUGCGCUUUUCCCAUUUACCAAAAGUGACAAAAUUCCCCACAGGAUGAAACUGUUCCAAUACUUUAGAGAAAUCAACACUGAGUCUUGUGCACAAAUUAAGCCAGUCGGCGUCCCCGUCAGCCUCGUCCCGGAGAUGAAGACAGCAUCUCUCCCGGCCUUGGGUGGGUCUCUGGAUGGGCACUGGGCUCGCCCCUGGCCGUGGAGGCUGCUGGGGUGAGAGAUGCUGGCACUAGGGGGCUGCCAGGCGAGGCGGGGACCUGACCUCCAGGGCUGGGGUUUGAGCAGGGGGAGCUUGGGUGUCUGGGGCUGGGUGUGAUGGUAUGGGGCCAGCUUUGGGGGGCUCGGCAUGGUCGGCGCAAGUGAGGGCCCCUUCCCACGAGGUUGGGCUCAGGAGUGGGCCAGGCGGCAUUUGGCCUUGGGGACUAGACCAGCCCUGGGUGGGCUGGAGUUAGCGUAACUAGGCCUUUUUUACAAGUUGGGUUUUUCAGUUUCCCAGGUUUGUAGGUAACACAGAGCAGACAAAGAGGGAUUUGUGUAAAUUGUUCUAAGACCUAUCAAACAAGAGGGUGGCGCUGACCCCCAGAGAGUGAGUCAUGGGUGCACGUCCACUGUGCGGGUGGACAGAGGAGGGGCUUGGUGGCCGCUGUCCAGCCCCGGUUCACAGCCCGCUCUCUGUGAGAUAGAGCAGGGUCUGUGAGGCAGCGCGCGCCGGCCCUAAACGCUGAAACGGCUGGGUGAGCGGGAAGGCUCUUGGCCAAGCAGCCCCUUCCCUCCCCUCCCUCCUCUCGCCUUCCCCGCCCUGUGACCCCAGAGGGCUGAGUGCGGGAAAGCCUGCCCUCCCUGGUGGCCACCUCUACCAGGCCCUUCAGCUACCAGCCCAAUGCCAGUGGGCCCUCUGGCAGAGCUGAUGCCCCCAAGGCUUCCCCUAGACCGCCGCGGCCCACCUUGGUGAGAACAGGGGACAGCCAGCCCCUCUCCAGACAGCCUGUCUCCUCCAGGGGCCUCAGCUGCCCGGGGCCGGGGCCACAUGUCCCGGUUGACGCCCGCAGUCCCGACGUCAUCAAGAGUACCCCCUUCACUCUCGGCAGUGUCGUGGUGGUGGUCACCCGUGGCAGUCCUGGCAUCUUGCAGCUGGUGGGCAACAUCAGGCAGAGGAAAGGGUGUCUGGAUGGACCCUUAAACACAGUAGGGUCCCAAGGUGGGUCCUUUCCUCGUCAGCCCGAGGUGGGCGGGGGGAGAGGCAGGACCCCAUCUUGCACCCUGGGGGUGCCCUGCCUCCAACAGCCGGGGACCACACCUCCUUCCCCUUCUACACAUGAGGGAGUGCUGCAGGGGCUAUCGUUCUGGCCCCUAGCAUCUCCGCCGAUCUCCAGGGGCUUGGUCAGGAGCUCAGACUCCUCGUGGGGCCUCUUGCCCAAAUCUCAGCCCUCCAAAAAGUGUCCCUCUGCUUGGGGUAAUUAUCAGUGCUGAUAAGGGCUCAGGCAGAGCUAUAAAAUACUAUUUUUUACUUCCAAUCCAGAUCUUUCCUUACUAAAGUGCAGAGGAGAGCUGGGGAGAAUUCCGGGAGCUCCUUUGCAUUUGUGAGGUGAAUGAGGGGUCUGUCACCCAAAUCUACUUCUCAGCCUAAGACCAUGGUUCUGUCUUCCGUUUGCAAAUCUUGAUAGUUCUGUUUUCUCCAAAGUAGAAUGUGUCCACUAGGGUCCAGGUCAGAUGAGGACAAUGUGAGGCUCCAGUGUCGGCGGGUGACCUGGUCAGCAUUACUGUCUAUCUGGGCAGUGCUGGUUGUCACCAGGGAGCCAGGGCCAGUGGGGGAAGGGAAGGGAGGCAAGACCCAGAAGCAUCCUAGGGGCGUUUUCCGCUGGCCUUGGGUGACCAAGUCUCGAGGUCAGUGUGUUUUGAGGAGGCCCAGUGGCACCAGGCAGUGCUUGCAUUUCAUUUCUCCUGCUCCUGCUGUUUCUUGAGUCUGUCUUGUGAACUCUCGCAAUGAAAAGGAGGCAAGAGUCCGGGAUGGCUGUACCACUCCUGUAAUUAGUGGUGAUUGCUUUUUAUAACUCAGUCCCCGUAGACAAGGAAGAUAACCUUCAACAGCAAAUUAAAUGACUUAAUUGAUAAACACAAAAGCCGGCAUUAUUUCCAAGGAUUUCUAUAAGAAUUACCUGUAGAGUCCCAUCUGUGAUGAAGGAAGUGUGUAAAUCCGUGUAGACAAUCGUGUAACAUUUUUAGAGCUGCAUUCUCUCUGAUGGCACACCUCUUCGUUCAGUUCUGUUACCCAAAACAAAGACCAAAGAAGGCCGAUCUCUCAUUUGACUCUCUAUUUUUAACCUGCCUGUUUUAAAAUUGCCGUCCGUAGUAACCACUCGCUGUGAGGACCCAUCUUGACAGUCCAAGUGAUUGUGACCAGUGAUUUACGUCCUGUGUUUUUUGCUCUUCUAAGAAAAAACAGCAAAAAGACAGUAUAAGUUAUUGCUCAGCAAUAAUCAUGUUGUUAAUGUGAGUUAACAACAUGUCUAAUUUUCUGAUAGCAUUAUUAUGUUUUAUAUUUUUGUUUACUGUAUACUGUGUGUGGUUUUAUUUGGUAUUUAUUUGUGUUUUGAGGUCUUGCAAUGUUUUUGUGUUUCUGAUGCUGAUAACUAAAGUUUGUAAGAGUGUAGAAUGCCAAACUUUGAAAUGCUAAACUGUCUAUUAGAGGAAAAUAAAUCUGACUAAGGA